GUCCCUUUCCCUUUCUCCUCUCGCCCUCCCUCUCGUCCCUUUCCCUUUCUCCUCUCGCCCCCUCUCUCCCCCUCUUCCUUUCCCUUUCGCGUGAUCGUGAAUUUUUUCUCCCUUCUCUUCCAUGGAGGCUGCUGCGACGUCUGUCCCGUCCCCCACGGCCAUCCUGGAUUGUCCAAUUCCAUGGUCGUAGAAUCCAAGCAAUCGGGCAUGGCCGACGUGCCUACAAAGUCCAACCUUCCCCGGAAAAGCGCCUUUUCCUGCGAGGCUUGUCGCAAGCGAAAGGUGAAAUGCAACGGAGCCAGUCCGUCAUGUUCGCGAUGUGCGACACGCGGCGAGGUGUGCGUCUAUAGUCUAGCUCCAACCUUAUCUUAUACGAAGCAGCUGGAAGCUCGCGUCGCCCAGCUGGAAGAUGCUCUUUCCAAGCUCCGAAGCCAACAACCCCCGGAACCCGUGUCGCGGAAGGGCGCCUCCCCUGCAUCGCCCGGCGAGUCUAGCGCCAGCCCGGGUAUCCGAACCCGCAUCAAAGAAGAAGACGAAAAUGAAGAAGAGCUCGCCAGAGACUUCGAGGGUCUCAAGGUCGAACACGAUGGUCGAAUAUCGUUCCACGGCCCGACCAGCUUAUUCCAACUACCAAGUGGCGUCUUGAACGAAACUUCCUCGACGUCCCGUUUGGCCAUGCAACUGGAGGGGCGGAAAGAACGGCUUAUCAACAAUGCAUGGCGAGAACGGGCUUAUGAGCAAAUGGCCACCAUGCCCGAACCAUUUCAGUAUCUCCUCGAUUCACAUUGGUGUUGGAUACAACCGCUCUUUGGCUUCGUUUAUCGACCUACAUUCACUCGUGAUAUGAAAGUCAACGGUCCCUAUUACACCGACGCCCUGUUGAACGCCCUCCUUUCCCACUCAGUACGAUGGUGCAAACUGGAGCCAAAAAUCGGGCCAAUCUUGGACUCAUUCGAAGGAGGAGCGCAGUUCUUUCAUCGCGCUGUAUCAGGUCUCCAUGACUCGCUCAAAGCCGGCUAUGUCGGCAUUCCAACAAUUCAGACCUUACUUCUCCUAAGCGCGCAGGAGUUCGGGCGAGGCAACCGAAGUCAGGCGUGGUUAUACAGUGGAAUGGCUUUUAGGAUUCUGGACGACCUUGGCAUAAACAUCGACAGUCGCAAGUACUCUGAUAGCGCUCACCUGACCGAUGAGGAUAUCGAGCUCAGAAACCGUCUCUUUUGGAGCUGUUAUUUUUGGGAUAAACUGAUCUCACUGUACUUCGGCCGUGCCCCAACCAUGCAACACUCCCGGGUCAGUCCUCCUCGGAUGAUUUUGGAUGACACAGCCGAGGUCGAGCUUUGGACGCCUCAUGGAGUCGAAUUUCCCGAUGGCACUCACUAUCCGCCCACCCAGGCUCACUCUACUUCGUGCUUCAUGAAGAUGUGCGGCCUGGCAGAAAUCCUUAACCAAAUAUUAAUCCAUAUCUAUGAUCCUCUCCGACAGGUUUCGGAAGUAGAAUAUUAUAACUGCAUCCAGGAACAAGCCGCUAAUCUGGCUGACUGGUGGGAGGAGCUUCCCGAUUAUUUGAAGCUACUGCCCAUGGACCUUCCUCCAUAUUCCCCGCCAAGUCAUAUUGUGACCCUGAACUGUCUUUACCAUACCAUCAACAUCCUCCUCCACCGUCCCGUCCUUUGCUCCAAAUCGAACCGUGAAUCUAACGACAAGAGUCAUCUGAUUCAAUGUAUGACGUCCGCAACUACGAUUCUGACCCUGUUCGAUCUGUACCGUCGUACUUUUGGUGACAGUCACGUCGUCUUGUCUCUCUCCUACAGUGUAUACACUGCAGCAUCCAUUUUCUUGCUCGAAAUUCAGGCUCUGAAGUAUGCUGCUCCGGGGACCCUCGACAAGUUGAAGUACUGUAUCUAUGCUUUGGAGCGAGUAAAGGGGACAAGUCCUGUGAUCAGCACAGCCCUAAGUCUCAUCUACCAGGAGCUACAAAAGCUUCAAAUCGACAUCCAUAUUGUCCUACCAACGGCCCAAACCCAACAGCCUCAACAGCAAACUGAAACCCAGACUCAACCACAACUCCAUCAGCGACCUCGAACCCAUCAUAGCCAUUCUCCCUCCCAACAUCAGACACCACCUCCCUCGAGCAUCUCCAGUACUUCUCAACGCGUCUCCCCUGUACAGCAGCAACCACCCCAAGCCGACCAUCCUAUCACCUCCAUGCACACUGCUGGCGUGACCUCCGCACCAUCAAUGUUACCAGGCUAUAAUUACCAAACGCCCGUUGCCGACUUCGAGCUGUCGCAGACCAACAUGCCACAAGUGACUGCUACACAUUUUAUAGGCGGUAUGCCGAACGCCAUGCUAACACUGGAUAACCCUGGCGCAUACGAGAUCACACCUGAAGUGUUUGAAGCCUUUUCCUAUGCGGAGCCUAUAACGACGAACAUGGCACCUACAGUUGAUUAUGGGUGGGAUAGACAUACUUGAUACCAGGAGCAAGACGUAGCUGCAGGCUACGGGGGAACGAUGCUUCACUGCAAGUGAGUUGGCUUUAUAGUAGUUCGAUACAUUAAUCAAACAUCUGUACUUGUCACCUGUAUGUAAUUCUAUCGAGGGUUUUGAAUGUGUAGAAUUACAAUUGAACAGUUGGACAACCAUA